CGUUGUAGCAGUCGGAAGUAGGUCCACUCUAAUCAAAUUUUUAAAUCCUGGAAAUAGAAAUGUGCUUUUUUACAUCUUAAAAUGUUGCCGUUUACGAAAACCAUAAUUUCGGCUAAUUUAGGAUGUGCAAACUUUCAUUAAAAAAAUUCUGAUUUCGGUUGGAAUUGAGAAUUAAUAACAAGUUGCAAGGUGUACGCUUGCGCUCUGUAUAAACAGUGGCGGUACUACGAAGAAAAUGGCUUCCAAGCUUAGAAAUAUUGUAAACAUUGCUUUUAAAUCUUGUGUUAUCAAUGAACGCUUUAUAUUUUUAACAAUCGACCCAGUUAUUUUAAUGAACUUAGUUGUUGUUAAUACGUUGUGACUGUUGUAUGAGUGACUUGGAUUUUUGUUAGUGUAGCUACCUUUUGCAGACCCCUCCAAACAAUCAUGCCUUUAAUUUAAUAAAGCCAUGGCUACAGGUGAAAACAAUUCCCCAUUUGGUCCCUCUCCUUUUAGUGAAUUAACCUUGAAAAUUAUCAACAUGUUGAAGAAACCAACAUUAGAUUCGAAGCUCGGCGAAACAUUGGACAGUUUUAUUAGCGAAUUGUCCAUAAGUGAACGUUACCUGAACAAUGGAAUUGUUAAUAUCAAGUUUGCCGAAGCGGGACUCUUUUUAGAAAGUUCGGCUUCGUUGUACAGCAAGAGGGUCGACUUAUUAUGGGAUAAUGCGCUGGAAUAUCAAAUGCAGUUGUGUGCUUACAAUAAAUCCCAGAAGGAAAAUGAGAAAGAGGCGGAAAAAAUUGUACAGCGCAUUAACCGAAACAAAAGAAAAAAAAUUAUUCAAAACGUGGUGGAGAAAUUGCCAUGUUUGGACGAGUUAAUACAUGACAUAGAUCGAAGUAAAAAACUAUUAGAGACGGCAUCAACAAUGCCGGGAAGCGAUGCUGUCACUAAUAGGUGGAAGGAAAUCAAUACAAAUAAAACUGUAAACGACCAUUCGAGUGAAGAAGCUUCUUGUCGACAAGAACCUCCUCAACCUUGCAGUGAUUUCCUUUGCAGUUUAAAUCAGAGUGUGUCUUUGGACAGUGAUGAACGACUAGCAUCUUACAAUGAGUUAAUCAUGAAUCGUUUGCUUCCAUAUUUUGGUUCUCUUUGCAAUAUAAGGGAACCGGAACGUAUAAUAGGCGGAAAUAAUCAAGAUUGGCUAUUACAAAAGUACCUGAAACACAUAAUGAUUAAUUAUAAAAAAUUUUGGUUGGAGAGGCGUGGAGACGAUUUCAAUUUAUUUCAACAAAGAAUUCGCCAGAUUGAUGCCUUACUGCCUAGUGAAGCGAAUGCUGUCGGUUUAUCAAAUCUCUCAGUUGUUAACCUGAUCAGGCUACCUGAAGACUUGAUGACCGACUAUACAUUAAAUAAUGAUGUCCAUGUAAGAGCUAUGAUACACGAUUUAUUGGUGAAGGAGCGACAAAUUUCUGCUGCUCGAAUUAAGAAAAGCUCUGAACGAUGUAGCGAGGCCGAUUCUGGUUAUCAUGAAAUGUUUAACGAUUCCGACAGUAGGUCCGCUAGCAGGCCCGACACAGUUCUUAUGUCCCAACACAGUCUUGUCGAUUCUGGAAUAUACGAGGAUCAAAUUCCAUCAGUAUCUAGCUUUCACAGAGAUGAAUUAGAGUUGGAUACCUGUGAAACUGUUAUGCAUGUCGAAGAAAUUCCACUUUGCAAUGUCGCAGCGACGUCUAAUCCCGCAGUGCUUGUUGAUGCUUGCAAUGUGGAAGGGAAUCGGGGCGGAAGUGGUGAUAUUAAUAGAGAAGGGGUUUCGCUUACAUGUAAUCCUGCAGCUGAUGCUUGCAAUUUGGAAGGAAAUGGAGAUAGUAAUAGUCCGACAGUAGAGGAUGUAAUCAUGCCCAAUCCUCAAGCUAAUUCGGUCAUUAUUCAUUCAGUGAUUACUGUACCUACAGUUAACUCGAAUAGUGUAGAACAAAAUUGUACAUCAGUGCUCACUGCAGAAAUAAGUGAUGUAACUACCAGUGAUCUAACAGUACCAGAAGCUGCCACUGCUCCUAGUGAUGAAAAGGAUUUAACAGCAUCAGUUAGCCAGGAAAAUGAAUUAAGUGCAGUAAAUAGGAUUUUGGGAACAUUAAAUGAUAAAAGUGUCACUCCUGAAGCAAAUUCUAAAGACAGCCAGAUUGGUAUAAGUAGAAUCAUCACCCCAGUGUCUAUUACUGUACGAUCAUUUAUAAAACCAUUACCAGAGAAGAAAAUCGAAACACUAAAGAGAAAAUUGGUUAAUGAUUUAAAUGAUGAAGAACUCUUCCCGAAACCAAAAAGAAAAUGCGUACCUAGGACUAAAUCGUUAAAGACGGUGGUAACAUUACUUGAAAGAUUCGAACGUUUUUAUUUAUGUCACUACAUCCCAGAAGAUGAUGAAGAGGGAUAUCUGUUGGCUAUGGAUGAUGAUGAUGAUGAUUCAGCACAGGAGACUCUUAUUCCACAGAGUAAUAUCUCGGAUUCUACAAAUGGCAUAACUUUAGAUGCGAGAGAGAACUAUAUACCCAAUAGUAUUGAAGUGACCAAUGAGGUUACAGAGACUCAAACUCAGAAUGACAGUGAUAACGAAAUGGAUUCUCAGUGUUUGUUACCCUCAACUUCUGAUUCUGCUAACCCUGUUAGUUGCGAUCCAAUCUCCAAUAUCACUCAUGACAUAGUGGAAGCCAGUACAUCCAAUUGUAGUAGUAUGCAUACCUUAAGCAGGACAAAGGCGGUGACCGAUUGGAAAAACUUCAUCGAACCAAAAUUAAGAGGGCUGCACAGAAGUGAAUUUGAUAUACAUGAUUACGGAGGAAAAAUAAUUGACGCUCUUCCUGAAGAGGAUGCGUUACCUUUUGCUCACUUAGUAUCUAAUCAGAAAUCAUCAGAAGUUUGUAGAUUUUUUUUGGCAUCGCUUCAAUUGGCCAACACUUACAACAUCGAAUUGACUGGUCCGUCAGGGGAGUUGGCUAAUGACACCAUGAGGAUAAAACUAUUAACCAAGGAAAGGUACCAUGAACAUUUAGAUGAAUACGAAGCGCCAUCCGAAAAUACCUUCUGUGAAAAACUCGCACGUGCGCAGGCCGCAUGUCCCGACAGGCCUGUACAUUCUACCCCUAGGCAGUCUAAGAAGCGUAUGAGGGUAUAGUAUUAAGUAGUUUAAGUGCAUUUUGUUUAAUAUUAAAGAAUUUCCAUCUUCUAAAGUAAUACUAAUUAUUGUAAACGGAUCUGUUGUUCUAUUUAAUCUGUAACAAUAAGGUUGACAAAGAAAUUCAGGCUCAACAUAAUCUUCCAAUUAAUACUGUAAAUGCGGUACAAGAUAUUAUUUUUGAAUGCCUUAACAUGUAAAUAUGUAUUUAUUUAUUGCAUUAAUUUGACACAAUUUGAGCUUGAAUUAAGUUUGUCUUUUAUUUUUUUUUAUAUAUUUACCAAAUGUGUAACCGCUGUUGUUAGCUCGUUCUUGUUUUUGUGACGAGGUGCUUUUUUUUAAAAUCCUUUACUAUAAUUUUAUAAAAAUCAGCCAGGAACAAACCAACGAUAUUGCACACAUUUUUUAUUACAGCUGGACAGUAUUCAAACAGUUUGGCGAUGUGAAAUAACAUUGAAUAGAAUUUAUUCCAAAUUCGCUGUUUUAUGCAUUUUAACUACUGACCAAACAUCAGGCUAACUUUGUAAAUGUAAAUAGAAUGACAAAUUCGUAAUUAGAAGUUAAUUUAUUUAGUUGAUGUAAUAAAAUGUAAAUCAGAUUUUAAUUUUUAUACAUUGUUACAUAAAAUGUAAAUCUAAAAAAGCGUUACUUCAAAUAAAUUUUUACGUCUUCA